CUUCGCCUCCUACAGUCACACUCGCACCCCACCUCCAAUGGAACCCACUGGAACCAUUGUCUUCACCACAGUUGGCAGACCUCACUACGGCUUCGACCUCUUUUCUCUCAAUCUCGAUCCCAAUCUCAUCAACCACACUUCUGAGCGCCGCCUCACCGACGGUACUUCCAUCAAUUUCAAUGGCCACUUCCUCGACGAAAACCAGACCCUGGUUUACGUCUCCGAGAGAAGCGGCUCGCCUCGAAUUUAUCAAAUCCGGCCCGGAGUAACCAAACCUGAACAGCUGCUCUCUGUUCCCGGCAGUCUCUACCAUGACCGUCCGAUCGUUAAGAACGGACGGCUGUACUUCGUGUCGGCUCAUGAACGGCCAGAGAAGCCCUUCAUCAGCUGGUCUGCUGUUUACUCCACUGGGCUUGAUGACAAGGCAGUUGUGCGGUUGACUCCUCACGGAGUUGUCGAUUACAGUCCGGCGAUUUCUCGGUCCGGAAAGUUCAUAGCUGUUGCAUCCUAUGGGUCUCGUCCUUGGGGCGGUGAAUUUCAUGAGCUGCACACUGAUAUUGUUGUUUUCCGGGAAUCGGAGCCGGAAAAGCGUGUUGUUGUAUGCGAGCGUGGUGGUUGGCCCACCUGGUCCGGCGAUUCCAACCUCUACUUUCACCGGCAGGCUGAUGAUGGAUGGUGGAGCAUUUUCAGCGUGACUCUGCCGGAGGAUUUUCAAUCUUCUAGUAUUUCCGAGGCUCCUCGCCGGAUAACCCCGCCACGAGUUCACUGUUUCACUCCUGCGGCCAUGCAAGGUAGUAAGCGAAUCGCCGUAGCGACUAGGCGGAAGGGGAGCAAUUUCCGGCACAUAGAGAUAUUUGAUAUUGAUUCGAAGAAGUUUUAUCCAGUGACCGAGUCGCUGAAUCCGAAUUUCCAUCACUACAACCCCUUUGUAUCUCCCGAAUGUGGUUUUCUCGGCUACCAUCGAUUCCGAGGGGAGUCAUCACCGGGCGAAUCGACCAUUCCACAUCUCGAUCCCGUAAUGUCUCCAAUAAAUGAACUGCGGAUGCUGCGACUCAACGGAUCGUUCCCGUGCUUUUCUCCGGCCGGUGAUUUGAUUGCUUUCAAUCACGACUUCGAAGCGAAAGGCGGCCUUAAGAUCGUGAAAUCAGACGGUUCAAAGAGAUGGACCGUUUUGAAAGAUCGUACGGCAUUCUAUAACUCCUGGAGUCCUACAGAAAAGCAUGUGAUUUACACUUCGAUAGGACCGAUCUUUGAGUCUGUAAAAGCGACGGUCCAGAUCGCACGAAUCUCGUUCGAUCCAUCGUAUCUGGAUGAUGAUCGUGAAGACAUUCCAGCCGAUGUGAAGAUCCUUACCAGAGAAGAAACCGGCAAUAACGCAUUUCCUUCUUGCUCGCCGGACGGCAAGUCCGUGGUUUUCAGGUCAGGCCGCUCCGGGAACAAGAACCUCUACAUUAUAGACGCCGUUAACGGAGAAUUAGAAGGCGGUAUCCGUCAGUUAACUGAGGGACCAUGGAUUGACACCAUGCCUAGCUGGUCGCCAGACGGAAAACUCAUCGCCUUUUCGUCGAACAGGCACAAUCCCGACAACUUGAAUGCUUUCAGCAUAUACGUCAUCCGGCCCGACGGCUCCGAUCUCCGAAGAGUCUACGUGGCGGGAUCUGAAGGUUCAGUUGACGUGGACAGGGAGAGAAUCAACCACGUGUGUUUCAGCGCUGACUGCGAGUGGCUUCUUUUCACGGCCAACUUGGGGGGCGUGACGGCUGAACCGAUUUCGCUUCCCAAUCAUUUUCAACCGUAUGGUGACCUGUUCGUGGUGAGGUUGGACGGAAGUGGAUUGAAGAGGCUGACAUGGGAUGGAUAUGAAAAUGGGACGCCAGCAUGGCACACUGGGAAUGAGGUGGAUAUGGGGCGUAUGUGUUUGGGGUCAGAGAAUGGAGAUAAGUUGACAGGGGAGUUCGAUGAACCAUUGUGGAUCUCUUGUGAGCUGUGAAACUUAAAUUUAUGGCUGCCAACUGCCCACUGAUGUGAGUGCAAAAUCAUUCUACUCGGACAGCUUAAUAUUACAAGGAUGUUUCUCUGCUUUACUUUGAUUUCAUCAUUUUUAUAUUUCGUUUGCAAGCUUCUUUUUCAGGAAUGAAUUUAUAUUGCAUUCCAAUA